UCCACAUCUUUGUAUCCGGGUGUGCCUGGAUCUGUGUUUCUCGACCACCCUGCUAUGCUCUUGGCUGGCAGUGCCGAGUACCUGGCAAUAAGUCAUUGCAAUCAGGAGCAGCGGCUUUAGCUUCCCCCCAAUCUCCACAAACACCCUCCUGGAUUGCUGUGGUGAUCUGUGAUCUGAUCUGACCUGAUCUGAUCUGAUCUGGUCUGAUUUGGGCCGGGCUGGCCCUCUCGGUGACCUUUUUCGUAUUGGAUACAAAAACGGCCAAGAAAAAAAAUAAAGGCUAAAUAGGAGAAAGCCUAACAUGGCUUUGCCGUCGAUUCUGCGGAUCCGGAGGAGAAACCAAACAGAAAAGGCGUCUUCGCCAGCGGCGAGCGCACCUCCGCCGCCGCGGCCGUCAACGUCAAAGGAAGAAGAGCUGCAGUCUCCAGCACCACCACUCAACCCACAUGUCACCAAGGACGACAUCAGGCGCGCGACGAAGCUGCGUCGCGGCUUCGCCAUCAGCGCCUCUGUGUCCUAUGUCCUGUCGUUCAUCUUCCUCAUGCUUGUCAUCAUCGGCAACACGUUCAACAAGCCCGUGCUGAGGGACAUCUACUUCUACACGCUGGACCUGACCGACAUCGUGCCCAAGUCGGUCCCCAAUGCCAGCCUGAUCAACAGCAUCGCCCAGAGCAUCGGCCUGCACGACUUCUACCAGGUCGGCCUGUGGAACUUUUGCGAGGGCUACCAGAAUGAGGGCAUCACGUACUGCUCCCCGCCGCAGAACCUGUACUGGUUCAACCCCGUCGCGGUGCUCAUGAACGAGCUGCUGGCGGGCGCCACCAUCGCUCUCCCAACACAAGUGCUGACCAUCCUCGACGUGCUGCGCAUCACGUCGCAGAUCAUGUUCGGCUUCUUCGUCACGGGCGCCGUGCUCAACUUUUGUCUUGUCUUCGCCUCGCCGCUGGCCGUGCGCUCGCGCUGGUGGAGCCUGCCGCUGGCCGGGUUUGCCGGGCUGUCGACCGUGUUCGUGGUCGCUGCCGCCAUCGCCGUCAGCGUCAUCAGCUUCGCCUUCAAGUACGCCGUUACCGCCCAGCAGGACCUCAACAUCCGCGCCCAUGUCGGCGUUAGGAUGUUUGUCUUCAUGUGGCUCGCCGCCGGGUUUACGAUCUACUCGUCGCUCGUCCACGCCGCCAUGGGCUGCUGCUGUGCGUCGCGCCGCGAUAUCGAGACGGGCCGCAGGGUCCUGCGCAGCGACGGCGUCAUUGUGCAGGGCGGUUAGCAGCCGCGCGGGGUUCUGUGACCAUGUUUUUGUUUGUCCUUUCCUUUUCGAAUCAAGGCGUCGUGGUCGUGUAGAUACUGCCUUUCUGGUUCGGCACAUAGACGGCGGGCUGGCUUAUAUUGACUUGGUAGACUUUGGUUUGGGUCUCGUUUCUG